GGUUGCUAAGCGACCUGUACAAUACAAACAAGUGUGAGAAAUUGAACUCGUCAGUUUUAUUUUUGCUUUUAUGAGUUUUUUUGGGGAUGGCGGAGCCGACUCAGCUUGAUUUAUUUGAAGCGGUGAAAGAGUCUUUGCAUAAAGAUGGUCGACUGGACAAGUUUAAAGCAGAACUACGAUCUGCAGUUAUGUCAAUUUUGAACAAAAACGCGUCGGCCGAAGAGCCCCCAAAAGUUCCUGAAGAAACGAAAUUUAUUAACGAGCUGAUUAGGGAAUAUUUGAACUGGAAUGGGUACAUGUACACCGAGCAAAUAUUAGCUGCUGAGUGUGGACAAAACAUGGAACGUUUAAACCGCGACGUCUUAACCACAAAAUUAGGAGUUAUGGAUGAUUCACGAACUGCUAAAAUACCUCUGUUAUACUACAUAGUAACAGCUUUCCAAAAUCAAGACAAUGAAGAAUCUUAAAUAUGUUUAUUACAAAUAAUACAAAAAUAUAAAUUUAA